UCCAAAGAGCACAAGCCUAAACUGUACGCGUGAUGUCACGGAGAAGUCUGAUGAAACCCAACACCACCAGCUGGUUUAGAGUUGUGAUGGGGUGAAUGCGGGUGCACUCGCACCGCUGCAAGUCGAGGCACAUAGCUGGAACCAGCGCCUGGAGGAGAAGACGCACACCAGUCCGUCUCAUGUUGUGGUGAUCGACCAAACCGAGGACAUUAUCUGCAUCGGUCAGAGCAACCGCGUCGAUCCAGCCACAGAUCUACUUGCUGUCAAAGCCGCUUCCGUUUUUUUUUUUUUUCCUCCCCCAAGUUUGCUGUUGUUGCGCGUCUUCACUUUGGAUAGCAACAGCCAGAUUAUCCUCCUGCGCGCCGCAGAGCGCACUAGGGUUUUUUUGGGGACUUUUUGAAAAGGGGGAGACAUCUCACCUCAGGAGUGCGGUGCGAUGAAGAAUUUCUGAGGGCUCCUCGGUCCAUUUAAACGCUUCCUUUUGAGCGUUUCCGAAGGGUCAGCCCAUGUGCAGGCAUCCCAUUGAGUGUGAUUCUAUUUUCGCCCAGAUCUCUGCUUCCUGGACAAAUGCAUACAAAUGCAUUUAGGAGCCCAACGGACAAGGAGUGGACACGUUUCCGCGGCUGCAACGUGGAAGUUUCUCCUGCUCCUGUCAGUAUGCUCAGCAGUACCCUCUGCAGAAGACAACUACUCUGCUCCAGGAGUGGAUAUUCUCUAUCAACUGGGGCUUACGAAUCAAAGCAGAACAGACGACCCCUACCAGAGGACAGACUCGCCUCACACCCCUCACACCGAUGUYCCUCUACCAUCGGAUAUCCCCGUUCCUGGCUAUGGGGUGGCUUUCGACGCAAACUCCCUCUAUGAGGUCCCAGCAAGCAGUCUGUUCCACUCAGAGUUUGGAGUUGAGUUUUCUUUUGUGAUUAGCCUGAGCUCCUGGCGAGCCAACAAUGCUUUUGUUUUUAGUGUUAAAGAUGGCAGGGACAGACUGCGUUUUGGCGUUCAGCUGCUGCCACGUAAGGUAGUAGUCUACACUGCAGAGAAGUCCUCCAGCUACUUCACCCACAACUGGCAGGACGGACAGCAGCAUGCUUUUGCUGUUGGUGUUCGAGCGCGUUCAGUGUCCUUCUACGAGGACUGUGGAGUGGUGCAGCAGCGAGAGCAGACCUUGGGGAGGUCACAGAGAUUGGGAGAACCUGGCAAUCUCUUUACUUUGGGUGGGAUGAACUCAAAGGCAGCUCAGUUUCUUGGUCAAGUCUGCCAGCUAGAUAUCUAUCCCUCAGCUCAAGCUGCUGCGCACUACUGCAAAUACCUUAAAAAACAAUGCCGGCUGGCCGACACUUAUCGAUCCCCUUUAUCACAUUCUAGUUUGGAUUUUGAGGCUAGUGACCAUCCUUCUUACCCUUCGACAAUGUCCACUUUUGGAGUAGCAGCUACACAUAAUAAAUUUACAACAGCUGACAAACUGUUAGCAAGUAGUCAAGUUGACACACAGUCUUCAACUCUGAGCCCAGUGACACAACUACAUCCAAGGGAACAAAGCCACAUUUUCACACUGAAACAGUCAACCUUCUCGACCCCGAUUUUGCUUGAGCCCAACAGCCCCACACAAACAACUCUGAGCGGGAAAGCAUCGGACAGUAGAUGGAUCACCACUUCAGAAAGAGAGUUGGCCAAACAGAGUCAACCCAGGGUAGAAGCGGAUCAUUCGAAGAACAGUACAGCGGAAGAGAGCAUUUCAGAAGAUCUACGUGUUUUUGAAGCUUCUCCAACUGUUGCUUUUCCAGUCUGGCAAAGUCGGGGGAAAGAAGGACUCAGGAACUCCUUCAGGGACUCUGGCCUCAGGCGUCGCCAGACUCAUCAAGUUCUGGAGUCUCAUUUGAAAGCCAAUGGCACAACUUUGUACAGGGAAAACCAGGUGGACACUGCAGAACACCAUGCUUUGGAUGGCAGCUAUGAAGACACAGACUAUGGAGGAUAUGAUUACGGAUAUGAGGAACCAAACAUCUUUUAUGAGUAUGAAGAUGGUUUAAAUGGUCCCAAAGGAGAGCCAGGUCCUCCGGGUCCUCCUGGUCCUCCUGGUUUACCUGGUCCUCCGGGAAAGAGAGGUUCAAGGGGUCCAACUGGUCCUCAUGGAAAACCUGGACAACCUGGACCACUGGGGUCAAAGGGUUCAAAAGGAGACCCAGGUCUCUCUCCAGGCCAAGCUUCGCCAGGGCAAAAGGGUGACAGAGGUCCACCUGGUUCACCUGGACCGAAAGGAUUUCCAGGACCGCCGGGUCUUAAGGGUUAUCAAGGUGCACCUGGCCCACCAGGAGAACAAGGCAUACCAGGACCUCCYGGGGAGUCUGGAGCUGCAGGUUACCCUGGCAGGGCUUAGCUGGGCCACAAGGUAGCCCCGGACCUAAAGGUGUCCGCGGUUUCAUUGGGCCUCCUGGCGUUGCUGGACCACCAG